CAUCACUAGUGCUGCCUCUGCAGAGCGAUUUGUGAAACUUUAGUGCAUUCUUUUCCAUACAAUUAACGACAAUUGUCUUAGAGUCGGUAUUACGGAUGCUUUUGUCUGCCACACAACAGCAGAUAUUUAGCAAUUUCGUUUGUCAAAUUUGCGACACCUUUUGUAUCUGCUGCUAAAUUGUUGCAAACUAUCUGCAAGUGUAAAAUUUGUGAAAUUCAAUUAUUUUAACUUGAUUUAGUUAAACUACAAUGGCCAGAGCACUAAUUAUAAUUGACGCUUUGGAGGCAGACGAAAAUAGGUUGAAUAUACUCGAAUCAGUGCGUCUGCGACGCUGUCUUCGAGAUCAAGCUAAACCCCUGAAUUUAUCGGAAAGUUUGUUCAGAAAACAUUAUAGAAUUUCAAAACAUCUAUUUCUACAAUUGUGCUCUGAAUUGAAACCGUUACUACCUAGAUCACAUAGACGAACAAGAGUCACAGUAGAAUGCAAGGUUUUAACAGCAUUAUCAUUUUUUGCAACCGGCUCAUACCAGAAACCAGUUGGUAUGAACUUUUUGCAUACUUUGAGUCAAGCUAGUGUAUCCAAAGCCAUUAGGGAAGUAACUAUGGCAUUAAACAAUCUUCAAAUUUUAAAAAAACAUUUAAAGUUUCCACAAACCCAGCAAGAACGUUCACAAGUUAUAAAUGGAUUUUACAAUAAAUUUGGCUUUCCUGUGGUUUUGGGGUGUAUAGAUGGCACUCAUGUUGCACUUGUCAGACCUGCAGAACAUGAAGAGAGGUUUUUUAACCGCAAGCAUUAUCAUUCCAGAAAUGUGCAAAUAAUUUGUGAUAGUGAUCUUAACAUUUUAAAUGUGGAUGCAACAUUUGGAGGAGCUACUCAUGAUGCAUUUGUCUGGCGUAACUCUGAACUGAAUAUGCAUAUACAGGAUCUGCACCAUAAUGGUGAAAAUGUUUGGUUUUUAGGUGACUCAGGCUAUCCACUCAGAAGCUGGCUUCUGACUCCAAUUGUUAAUGCUCUUCCCAGAUCUAUGGAAGAGUACUAUACUAAUCUUCAUUGCCGUACCAGGAACACUGUUGAACGUUGUAUAGGAGUUUUGAAAGCUCGUUGGAGAUGCUUAUUGGCACACAGAGUACUGCAUUAUGAUCACCAUAUGGUGGCCAAGAUCAUAAAUGCUUGCUGUGUAUUGCAUAACAUGGCAAAUAGAUAUGGGCUCCCAGCACCCCAGCUUCCCGAUGAAGAUGUUGUAAGGGAUGUUUCUCGUCAAAUGGAUAACAAUGUAUUUUUUGGUGGAGAAGAGGAAACACAGCACUUGGCAAGUGGGCGUCGUCAACGUUCAAUGGUGGUUCAAAGAUUAUGGAGGAACAGACGCUAAAUUCCACAGAUGUUGCAUCUGUAAGGUCACAUAGCUAGCCACUGUCCCGCCAGGGAGCUCAGACUCGCGACACCGCCUUUUGAGCGACGCGUUGAUCUGUGCGCAUUCGAGCCUCCGUCAAGGAACAUAGUCAACUUUAGUGAGCUUUUAAGUUAAUUUUAAUUUGACUUUAAUUCUGUUAUUGAAUGUUCUUUAAUUAAAGAGUGUUGCUUCUUAUCACUUGUUUACCUGUAGACUUCUUAGUCUACAGGUAAUCAAGUGAAUAAUGUGAUUUCUCUUGUUGUUAUUGGCAAUAUUUGAGAUUGUUGCUAAAAUAUCUGGGGCUUUCGUUUGUUUUAAUUGAAUGCUGGUGUAAAUAUAUCAUAUAUUUUUCUUUGAGUUAAAUAAGAACUCACCUCAAUUGAACGGUUGCCAGUAGUGGCCGAACAAAUACUUCUCUGGUUUCAUUAUUACAGGUUUACACCCGAGGACGUGUAUCGGUGCACGGAAUACAUGAUGUAUGUAAUGCUGCUACAACAAUUUAAAUCGACUCAUGAGGAUGCCGAUAAAAAAG